AUGGAUCCUCCCAAGACAACAACGGCCGUCCAACAUCUGCAGCUGGACCAACAAGCUACGCUGGGCUCUCUGGCGGACGAUGAAGUGCUGGUGGAGCUUCAUGCUGCGAGUCUGAGUUACCGGGAUAUUGUUAUUGCAAAAGGCGCCCUCGGCGAACUUCCCAAAGUCGUCAUUCCAGGUUCAGACGGCGCUGGAGUGGUCAAAGCAGUCGGAUCGAAAGUUCAAGAUCUCGCCAUUGGAGAAAGAGUCGUGACGCACCUGGCACCCACGGAAGAUGAUGACGCUCUUCCUCCAUCGAUGGCCGAGAUCUCGACAGGUCUGGGACAUGGUCAGAAUGGCACGCUUCGCGAGUAUGGCAUCUUCAAACCAACGGCACUUGUCAAAGCACCCCAUAAUUUGGACUUCGCCCGUGCUGCUACGUUGACUUGCAGUGGCCUCACAGCGUGGAACGCACUCUUCGGUCUCGCUGGUCGGGAAGUGAAGAAGGGUGACUGA